AUGAGGGCGAGGCGGUCUGCGGCGGCGGCGGCGGCGAGAAGCGGGCCGGUGGGGAGAGGAGGAGAGGAGGAGGUCGGCGAGCGCGGGGUCGGCGGCGGCGAGGUCGAUGAAGGAUGGGGAGGACCGGGCGGAGACGAAGAGGCGGUAGAGCAGGGACGGGAAGGCGUCGGCGAAGAAGGCCCGCGGUUGGUCGUCGGCGUGGCGGGCGAGGUAGUCGAUCACUCUGGAUGUGGCGGCGGCGGCGGCCGGGGGCGUGGCGGCGUCGAGGACGGCGGCGGCGAGGGAGGACGCGUCGGCCCCGGGCGGCAUGGCGGCGGCGGCAGCGGUGAGGGAGUGAGGCCUAGGGUUUUUGGUGGGAUUCGGGCCUUUUUGAAUUUGCCUUUCUCUCUUCCUAGACUGGGCAGCAGCCAGCAGGCAGAGAAGGGAAGAGAAAUCCGGACGGAAAUGGCGCUCGCCUAG